CGGCGAGUUGUCGUGAAUGAAUCCUUACACCUCUACAGCGCGCCACCCAUCCGUCCGUCCGUGUGUCCAUGGAGCGAAGCAUUUCAUGCGAAGGAAACCGCAGCACUGCCAGCCCAUCGUUCCGAUAUUGAUUUCCGUGCGUGGUACGUGGUGUACGGGGUGCCGGGUUCUUUGGUUACAGUUUUGCAUCCAACUGUCUUCUCCAUGCACGGCCUCCGCCAUUUUAACGCCAGUUUCAAACCGAACCCGAGCUGGGAGUGUGUGUGUUUUUUGUACAGUUUUUUGUGGGGGGAAAGCCGACUGGCAGUUACUCUACCCUGGACAACAAUUCAGUUGGAGCUGGAUCGUGUAGCAGUACGCAUCGUAAUUGAGGUCCCCUUGUUACGGAAAACCAGACAACCCGGAGCGCUGUUGUCUAUGUGUAUGUAGAUGUAGGUGGAGUGGUAGCAUCAGGCUUUCGCGUCCUCGCCCAUCUUCCAGGCCGGAGGUUGCGUUGGAAGUUGUGAUCCGUUUUUUUUUUUUGGAGACUAGUUGGCCUAACCUUCUCUCAAGUGAAAAGUGGAUGUGCGUGUGUGUGUAUGGUGAGUGAGUGUUGGUUUGAAGAUCCUUGUGCAAAAGCCGUGUGUAUGCCACCAGUCAUCACCGCCAGUUCCAUGACCAAGCAAUCCGCCAUCAAACUGCUCAAUAUGGUGGCGAACGGACGCAAGAGACACUCGUCGAUCAAUGAGCAGCAGCUGGUGCCGCUAGAGCCGCCCGGAAGUUGCCUCUCGUCACCACCGGCCGGCCCUGCCAGCCGCUGCUAUCAAUCGUCGCUCCGCAGCUACAGCAAAUGGUCACCGACCGAGCAGGGCGCAACGCUGGUCUGGCGGGAUCUGUGCGUAUACGCGACGGCUGGCUCGGCGACCGGUGAGCGUAAUGGCGGUUCCGGCAGCCAUCGUCCCUCGAUCAAACGCAUCAUCAACAACGUGAGCGGUGCCGUCACACCCGGGACGCUGAUCGCACUGAUGGGUUCGAGCGGUGCCGGCAAGAGCACCCUCAUGUCUGCCCUCGCCUACCGUACACCGCCGGGAACAGUGGUGCAGGGCGACAUACUCGUAAAUGGACAACCGGUCGGCCCGUACAUGUAUCGGUUGAGCGGAUUUGUGCACCAGGACGAUCUGUUCGUCGGUUCGCUGACCGUACACGAGCACAUGUACUUUAUGGCGAAGCUGCGGCUAGAUCGUCGCGUUGGCCACCGAGCAAUCGAUCAGACGAUACGGGAUCUGCUCGAACGGACCGGGCUGGCACGGUGCUCCGGCACCCGGAUCGGUGAGGCCGGCGACGGAAAGAUGCUGUCCGGUGGGGAGAAGAAACGGCUCGCCUUCGCAACCGAGCUGCUGACGAAACCGACGCUGCUGUUCUGCGACGAACCGACGACCGGGCUGGAUUCGUACAGUGCGCAGGCACUGGUGUCGACACUGCAGCAGCUAGCCCGCCGCGGUACGGCCAUCAUCUGCACCAUCCAUCAACCUUCGUCCCAGCUGUUUUCCAUGUUCGACCAGGUGAUGCUGCUGGCCGAGGGUCGGGUGGCGUACGCCGGUCGUCCCCAGGACGCACUAGCCUUUUUCGCGCAGCACGGUCACGCCUGCCCACCGAACUACAACCCGGCGGAAUAUCUGAUCGGUGCGCUGGCAACGGCACCCGGCUUCGAGAAGGCAUCGCAGCGUGCCGCCCAUCGGCUGUGUGAUCUGUUCGCGGUGAGUGAAGCGGCCGGACAGCGUGAUGUGCUGAUCAACCUGGAGGUGCAUAUGGCCGAAAGUGGUGAUUACCGGGUGACGGAGGAGCAGCAUCUAACCGGACGGCCACACUGGCUGCACUCGACGAUGUGGCUUACGUAUCGCGCACUGCUGACUGUGGUGCGUGAUCCUACCGUGCAGUAUCUACGAUUGUUGCAAAAAAUUGCAAUCGCACUGAUGGCCGGCUUGUGCUUUACCGGCGCCAUCGAACCGACCCAGCUCGGUGUGCAGGCAACGCAAGGCAUCCUGUUCAUACUCAUCUCGGAAAACACGUUCACCCCGAUGUACGCGGUGCUGUCCGUGUUUCCCGAAACGUUUCCCCUGUUUAUGCGUGAAACGAAGAACGGUCUCUACCGUACCUCUCAGUAUUACGUAGCGAACGUGGUCGCGAUGCUGCCGGGACUCGUACUCGAGCCGCUCGUGUUCGUGCUGAUCGCGUACUGGCUGGCCGCACUGCGCCCAACGUUCUACGCCUUUCUCGUGACCGCCGCCGCAGCGACACUCGUCAUGAACGUAUCGACAGCGUGCGGGUGUUUCUUCUCGGCCGCGUUCAACUCACUGCCACUGGCGAUGGCUUACCUGGUGCCGUUCGACUACAUCCUCAUGAUAACGUCCGGCGUAUUCAUCCACCUCAACACGAUGCCGGCCGCAACCCGCUGGCUACCGUACAUAUCCUGGAUGAUGUACGCUAACGAGGCCAUGUCCAUCGCCCAGUGGGAAGGUGUCACCAAUCUUACUUGCUCGACCGUUGACGAUAAACUGCCAUGUCUCCGUACCGGGAACGAAGUGCUGGAACACUACAGCUUCAACGAGAGCCAUCUGGCCCUAAAUCUGUGGGCGAUGGUGUUGCUGUACUUCUGCUUUCACGUGCUCGGCUAUUUAUUCUUGUGGCGCAAAACCAAGCGUUGAGAUGGGUUGUGUAGUGACGGUUCAACUAUUUUUUUUUUUGCGUUCGGCUGCCAACUAAUAUAAUUCGUCUUCGUCCCGUUUAAAUAAACUAGGAAACCAAUAGCUA